AGGAGAGCCUCCGAGACAGGAAAGCUCUUCGCUAUGAAUUGGUUUGGAAAUUACUUCUCUAAAUUUCCUGAGGAUGCUUCCUUACUCAGCCUACACUCACCUCUGUUGCUUUCACUCAUCUCUUCUGAAGAUGAACAUUUUCUUUCCAGUGUGAGGAGCCAUGCACCAGCCCAGGCUGUGGUGAAGCAGCCUGACCGGGGAGGCCCUGGCAGGACCACCAUCGCAGCGAUCGUCCAGACUGGGGGAGACUGGAGCACCGGCCUCUUCAGUGUUUGCCGAGACAGGAGAAUCUGUUUCUGUGGUCUGUUUUGUCCAAUGUGCCUUGAGUGUGACAUCGCCAGGCAUCAUGGAGAGUGCCUUUGUUGGCCAUUGUUACCCGGGUCCACCUUUGCACUGAGAAUUGGCACCAGAGAGAGACAUAAAAUACGGGGCACGCUGUGUGAGGACUGGCUCGCCGUGCACUGCUGUUGGCCCUUCUCCAUCUGCCAGGUGGCCCGGGAGCUCAAGAUGAGGGCCUCCCGACUCUACGAAAUCUACACGGCUCCUUCAACCAAGGACAACCUUAUCUGACAGAGCGAGAAAAGUCCUCCUCCUCACCCACUCCCCAAGCCCCUCCUAGAAGAGAGAUUGUUCUUAAGUUUUCAUGGAAAUAGUAUGAAAAUAAAUGAUUUCUCCGCUAUGGUCUUUACUCUCGUUCGUUCUUCACACACACCUCCGAUGAAGUCUCUCUGGCAUCCCAGCCUCGCCACAUAAGGCAGGUUCUAGAGACGAGCUUGUGCCUUCCACACCUGCCUAGAGUUGGAGAAGGUUGCAUUUCCCC